GCGGACUUGAAAGAGCCCAAGAUCUCAAUAUCCGAGCUCCUGGCGUUUUUAUCCAUGCACAUAUUCCGCUUCGGGUGGACCUGCCCCUCUCUCCCCGGCCUCGGCUCCUCGAUGAAUGCUAUCCAGGGAGCGGCGUUGGCUCUGGCCCCAGCGGUCCGGUUGAGCCUCUGUGGGGAUGAGGCGUAGUAGACCCGCAGCAUGAAGCGGGUUCCCUCCGUGGCUUUCAGCACCCCGUCGUCCACGGACAGCUCUCCCCCGGUCUCCUCCGGACGGAAGCCGAGCAGGGCGAGGGACGGGGAGGGGAUGAGGCAGAGGGAGAGGAGAGAGAGGAACAGCAGCCGGGCUGGGGAGAAGGGUACCCUGGGGAAGAGGGGGGCGGUUCGGGACCGGGCAGCUACAUCUUCCGCAGCCAUGAUGCAGAGUGAGAUUCUCCGCCACACUACAGAUGCGAACCGACCGAGUCACGUGGCGGUGGCGCGCUCACACUCCAUCUGCCGGUGGUGGGUGGGGGACCAGUUCCUUUACAGCAGCUGCAUUUCCCGGUGUUGUUGUUGUUGAUGCUGAUGAUGCUUCUCUACUCUACUACACCAUGCAGUUAACGGGGCGGGUGGCUGGCUGGCCGCCUGUAGUCAAGUCCUUGUUUUGGUGGGCGAGAGAAUUCACCAGAAUUAUGUAGUGACGUAAUGCAAUUUUGCACGAAGAUGCCAGCUACAAAUGCCAAUAGGCACACAUACUGAGACACACGUACUGAGACACACAGAAACAGGACACAGGAAGUUUCCAUUCCAGAUUGCUUCCCCAGUAAUUCUCCAGUGGUAAAUAUAAUAAGACUUAAUGAUCAGAUUCCUUAUCAACCCCCCCACUCUGUCUAGCUGUUCUACUCUCUACACCCAAACUGAAUCUGUUUUUACGCACGGACAAAUAUGCUACUACCUGCACUGCACCUACAAAAACAUCAUUCCAAAGAUGUCUAUGUUUUUGUUCAGUGGGUUUAUAAUUACGUAAACAGCGUAGUCAUCCUACUGGUAUGUCUGUCUGUCUCUCUGUUAUAUUCCCAUAACAACACUUUCUGGGCAGACGGAAUGGAAACAAAAAUAACUGCUGAAAGAAUGUCGUGGAUCGGAUGUGGCUUUUAUGAAACUAUUAUCUCUCUCCCUCUCACCCUGUCUCCCACUCUGCAUCUCUUUCUCGCUCGCGCUCUGCCUGUUUCUCUCCCAAUUCUCUCUUUAUCCUACCUAUCUCCCUCAUUCGCUCCCCCCCCCCCCUCUCAUACAUGAACAAAAGGCUGAGGAGCAGUAUAUUGUUGUGUAGAGUUGGCCGAGGCACAGCCUGGCUCAGUAAACAGCUCUCCCUGAUCAGCGCCAAGGCCAGGACUCUUUCAGACACACAGACCAUGCUCAGAAUGGUGAUUAUGCCUCCAGACUACACAAAGGUUCUAUAUAGAACCAAAAAGGGUUAUAUCGCUUGCUUCAUGUAUGGAACCCCUAAAGGUUCCAUAGAGAACCCUAAAUAACCCCUUUUUCUAAGAGCAUACCUAGAACCAGUACCUGGUAUAGUUUGAGGAUAAUAUUAAUAAUAUGUAUAUUUUUAAAGACAUUAUGCAAAGUAAUCUGAUGUGAAGCAAUAUCAUUAUGUGAAUUAGGACUAUUGGGAUUUCAACGUGGAUCACUUUUGAGUUGUCUUGUGUGUCGUCAUAAUAUCAUGAUUGUAAUAUAUCGGCGAUAAUCUCCAGAAGACGGCGGUAUUGUACAACAUAUGAUAAUAUGUGUACUAACAAUAAUUCAUGAUAAUCUAUCCAUCUUUACCUAUAACUGAUUGAAGCCCUGGUCAUAGCUGUAGUAAUAUCACAUAUUCUAUAGAUUCAUGAUCCAUUGCCCUCAUAAUAAAUGACAUCACCCAGGUUCCAAAGAAACGUUAUGAUUUGCAUAUGGAUAUAGUAUGCGAGAUUUGGUCAUUUAACAAAAACAUUAUCACUCAUAUCGGUAAGUAGCCUACUUUCUGAGGUUUGUUUUUCUAAACAUCAAAAAUACUCAUCUUUCUUUAGAUUAGUGGAUGGCUACAUCUCAUUUUAAUACUCUUUUGAAUAUUCAAUGAUGGUUGUUGACGUCAACCGCCUGUGUUCAAUGGAGAGACUCUAUGCCACUUGCCUCAUACCAUGAAUAUGCAUAGCCAUCUCGAGACAACUGCGAUAUAAAGUGGUUUUUCUCUAAAUGGCGGUGAUGUCACGUGUCCUACUUAUAUCAGCACACUCUAACAACUUAAGCGUUUCAAAAUGUCUAUUCAAUCAAAUAAACGUCGCGUAGCACACGGGAGGUUAAUAAGCCCUUCAUUGUUUGUUGUUGACCAAAUUCGACACUCAUUGACCGACAAAACAAAAACUCCUUGCUUGGUGUGCGAAAAAAACGUCACCUGCUGGAGGGAGACCGACUUUCCUCCGAGUUGGGCCUCUCUUUACCUCUUCAUCUCUGCCAAAACUGAAGCAAGCCUGCGCUGCAGCCUAACCAGCUUGAAAGUUGCUUAGGUCCUACACCCCACUGAAAUGCUAAUAUUUUAUUCACCGGUUUGUCUUAAUUCAAUGUGCAAAUGAGAAUGUCCGAAUAGUAAUAUUGAAGUGAAUGUGUAUAGAGAUCGGCAACUUUUGGAGAGUUUAGGCCUAUAUUCUUGGGAGCCCACAGCUCGCCCUGUAGCCCAUAGAAUAAACAUGGGUAACGUACUGUAUUUACUAGACUCGCUGAGGAAGGCCACCUGAUUUCCAAAGCUGGGAAAAUGUCAAACCCCCUGAACGUUUUGUCAAUAUUUAGAGAGCGUCGUUGCAUAUUAACUGGGCUGGCAUAGUCUGUGCAACAUCUGUUGGUGUCGGCCACCGUACCUUGUCAACCCACCCGCUUCUGCAGCCGAAAUACAGCCGUUCCAUUUGACACAAUGUUCGGUGUCAAAACUCUCCGAACUGUCGGUCCAGCAGUGUGUAGACGUGGUGCCUCUGUGCUGUGGAAGCCAACUAGGACCCAGAGCCGAACCCAAAGCGCGGCGGCUGGACAGAGAGUGGACAUCGGGGGGAUCUACCCGCCAAUAGCCACGCCGUUCACUCAGAAAGAGGACGUGGACUAUCAGAAACUGGAUGAAAACCUGCAGAAGUAUGCAAAGAUUCCUUUCAAAGGUCUGGUGGUGCAGGGCUCUAAUGGAGAGUACCCGUACCUGACGGAGGAGGAGAGGGUAGAGGUGGUGAGGAGGGUCAGACUGGCACUGCCCACAGACAAGCUGGUCAUGGCAGGAUCCGGGUGUGAAUCCACCAAAGCUACGGUAGUGAUGACAGAGAGGAUGGCGGGGGCGGGGGCAGACCUGGUUCUCGUGGUAACGCCAUGCUUCUACAAGGGCAUGAUGGACAGCAGGGCGCUGGUUCACCACUUCACACAGGUGGCAGACAGUAGUCCAGUACCAGUAGUUCUGUACAGUGUCCCGGCUAACACAGGUCUUGACCUCCCUGUUGAUGCUGUGGUGAGACUGGCCCAACACCCUAACAUACUGGGACUCAAGGACAGCGGAGGAGACAUCACCAGGAUCGCUCUGAUCGUUCACAAAACGAAGCCGCAGGAUUUUCAGGUUCUGGCGGGUUCCGCUGGGUUCCUUAUGGCGGCGUAUUCCGUGGGUUGUGUGGGCGGUGUGUGUGCGCUUGCCAACGUGCUGGGGCGUGAGGUGUGUGAGCUGGAGCAGCUGUGUGUGUCGGGACGGUGGGAAGAAGCCAGUGCUCUGCAGCAGCGCCUCAUAGAGCCCAACACUGCUGUGACCAGGAAGUUCGGCGUUCCCGCUCUCAAGCAGGCGAUGGAGUGGUUUGGUUACCACGGUGGCACCUGUCGCUCUCCUCUUCAACCGCUCUCAGAGGCCGAAUCACAGCAGCUUAGACUGGACUUUUCCACCAACGGUUGGCUCUGAAGGGGACAGGGGGCGGGACUGAGUAGAAGACAGGGGACUGGGCCUGCUCCAGGUUGAAGUUGGCGUCAUAGAAUAGAAUGCGUAGAACAUUAUGGCAUCAUUGACUUGAAUGUGGAUUUCCUUUCUACUCAUUCUAAUUAUAUGGUUGUCUCUAACCACAGAUCUAGGAUCAGAUGACUCUACACCCAGUCCUAACCUUAACCAUUAAGGAGUUGAGAAAAGAUGUGACCCUGUAUCAGUUGUUAGGGGCAACAUCAACCUACUGUGACUGUUUCAUACAUGCAUAGCUUCCUUCCCUUCCUGGCCUUACAUCUAAGAGGACUUGAUAGUUGGAAGCAAUAACCAAUCCAGUCCUUUCACCUAUCAGUGGUCUUGCUGCCUUGCUAUAUAGGAGGCCGUUGUGAGGGUGUUGUGUGUUAGAGGCAUGUCCACACUGUAGGACUACCCCAAGGCCUCCCACCUGUAAUGGCCAUAGGGGUUGUGUCCCACAUCACACCCUAUUCACUACAUAGUGCACUGCGGUUGACCAGAGCCCUAUGGGUCCUGGUUAAAUAGUAGUGCACUGUAUAGGGGAAUGGGUUGCCAUUUUGGGACGCACCCUUUGACAUGAAUUAAAUACAGCAGGAUAUAAAAAGACAUGUAAGGAAUCAGUUUGUUUAUAUUCCCCAAGGAUGUUUUUCAAAUAAAGAGAAAGACCAUCUACCCAGCAA